GAAAAUAUAAAAUGGCUGAAUGCCCGAGCUGUCAAACAGGACAUUUCUAAUUUAAUAUUUUUAAUUGAUUACAAGGAAAAGGAAAGAAAUUGUAUCUGCACGAGUACCAAGGUGAAAUCAGCAAUGAGCGGUCGUUACGACUACAGCAAAGGGUCGUCUCGAUCCACGCGUGAUGAUUCUAGGCAGGAGAGGCGGCGGGAGCGCGACAGAUCGCGGUCGCCGCGUUCGAGGUCCCCCAGGCGUCGUUCUCCAGAAGUCAGUCGCUACUCUAAGGAACGGUCGAGGGAACCAGACACUAGUCGUGAGAGAGAUACAGCUUCAAAGCCCAACAAAAUCCCUAAACACACAGAAUGGGAUGAGUCCAGUGAUGAAGAAGUCCCUGCCCCACCUCCUCCUCCUAGAAUCAGCAAGAUCAGCAUUGGCUUUGCAAAGCCUGCUGCACCCAUCAAGAUGAGCUUAGGUGCCAAGUCUAGUAUGCAGGCUUCGAAGCCAACUAUUGCAUCUGUGUUCAAUGCUGAUGAUGAUGAUGAUGAGCCUGAGGAGAUGCCAGCGGAAGCUAGGAUGAGGAUGAGGAAUAUUGGAAGAGAAACCCCAACAUCAGCCGGCCCAAAUUCCUUCGGCAAAACCAAGCAGGGCUUCUGCGACGCCAAGAAGCUGUUUGAAAAGAACCUAAAGCAACAACUAGAUGAAACAAACGAAAAGCCAGUCUUACCCAAGUUCCCACAGACCAUCUAUAAGAUAAAACCUACAUGAGAAGUGUUGUCUGUUUAAAGACUGGGCUUUGUGAAUUAUAAUGAUAGUUUUCUGUCAAAAUGUGUUGGCCACUGUUACUCUUGAAAAGAUUUUAAAACAAAAAAUAUUACUUAAAAUUAAAACCUUUAAAUUUUUUAGAAAUAUUUUCGGAACUAAAAUAGCAACUUGCUUGGUUCCGCCAUUUUGUGAAAGGAGAAUGGGCAAUUUGUCCCAUGGAUGUAUACUGUUGAGACAUAUCUCAUUUGAAAGGGUUUACUCUUAGCAUUAUUUUAUUGUAUGACACCAACUUUGGAUAACGUGCAGGGACUGAGCAAUUAAAAAAAAAGAGUGGCGAAUAUAAACUGUUGUUUUACAAAGUACUUGUUAUGUAGCCGGUUGUUAGGUGUUUUGUAUGAAAGAAUAUGAGAAAUUCUAGAUUUCUGUUUACCACUACUUACGUUUAAGUACGUACAGGGCUGGAAUUAGUUGAUAUAACAUAUGCUUGAAUUAAAAAUACUGCUAUUAAACACUGAAACUUGCUUGUAUACUCAAGCCAUAUAUAUCAUUUAAAAGACAUUUUUAUAAGGUAUUUUAAUAUAUAUAUACUUGCACUCAAAUGCUUGCAGGGGCGGUAAUAAAACGAGUUUUUUCGUUAAUUAAUUGUGGUAAAUGCCGCUUUGUUUGUUCUACCUGGCACUAGAUGGAGCCUUGGUAGCAGUUUGGGUAAUUUUUACUAUUGGUAUAUACAAUUGAGUCAUAUCCUAUUUGGAAGGUCUUCAAUUAAGCAUUAAUUACUUAUAUGACACCAAAGACCGAAAGUGUCCAGGGAAGAUGAUAUUAAUAAUUU